AACAUUCCCUUUCUCCAGGGACCCCAGGGUCAUGUUCACGCAGCCGAGGCAGAGUGCCGCUCCUCCGCGGGCCCCCGACACCGCCAGCAACAAUGAAGCGUGCCCCUCUCCGCCAUCACCGCCUCCGCCAUCUUCGAGCCCGUUGGCCGACAGCAGCGGCAGUAGCCGCCGCUGCCGCCGCACCAGCAACGGAAUACGGAGCGGCAGCAGCACAUCGCCUUUCGUUCUCGUCUGUACGACACUUUCGUCCAUGCUGGCGACGUGCGGCAUGCUCGUCAUGCUUCCGGCGGGGCUAGACGCUCAGUCGGACAAGUACAUGAGCGGGGCGCAGUGGAAGAACUUCCUGGAGUCUGGUGUCGGCGGCGACACCUGGUUCACCCGCUGGAAUGCCAUGGUACAGCCGCGGAUAGACAAACUCGCCGCUCUCGCCGAGACCGAGAGGAAUUGGGGCGACGCGAGUAGCAGCGGCGGCCGUGGUACCCAGCAGCCGUUUCGCGUGGCCAUGAUCGGGGACAGCACGAUGAUGCAGCAGCACGGGGUCAUCUGCGCGUUCCUCGCGGAGCGGGCGGGCAGCCUGUUCGAUGCGGCGGGUCACCAAGACGAGUGCUGCAUCGAUACCUUGCCGCGAGAGCCCGCAGAAGAGGGCGAGGACGCCAACGACCACGGAACCCCGGCUCUCGAUCUACACAACCACACGGUCAAUGGUGGGCGAGGGGUGUGCUUCCGACGCUCGUUCCAGAAGUUUUUGGAGCCGCCGGAGUGGGAAUCGCUGGGCUCUCCGGACGCCGUCUACUUCGGCAGCGGCCUGCACUUGUUGCACAUGCAUGUCAUGGAAGCGGAGCGAGCGCAAGGGUGGCUGACCUACGAGCGGGAUCUGGAGAGCGCUGUCGAGACGUAUCGGGCGGCAGGCGGGGCCGGAUUCAGGGGACAGCUCCAAGAAUCGUUGACAAUACACGCGCACUUCUUCUCACGCAUGCACGCGGUCUCGCCAAGAUCAACCAGCGUGUGGGUGGCAACUGGUGGGAGCGUGGACAGCGUGUACCAAGGGUUGUUUCGGGAGAUGGUCGACGCGUACCGGGACGGUGACGUGGAGGUCAUCUCCAAGUGCGAGGGCAAGAUGAGCCAGUUGGCGGCGGGGGUGACAGGUCCGGAGGGGUACGGGGUGGAUGCCUACUGCAGGCUCGGGCUGAUGGACCGUAACGGCUCGGAGGUUCUCAACAGGUGA